AUGUCUUCACCUCCUCCGCCAUCGGUCACCUUCUUCCAGCUGCCGGAACUGGCCAGUCUGCUUUCGUCCUUCCUCCGCGCAGGCGACAUCUCCAACCUCAUGCAGACCAACCGGGCACUCCACACCCUCUUCUACCCCUGCUUCUGGUACCAUCUCGAUCUCGUCUCCGAAGAGCAAGUCAUUCGACUCAUAAAGUCCCCCGACGCCUUCUCCGCCCUCGUCAAUAACUUUGACCGUAUCCGCUCUCUCAAGAUAACCCUCGUCUUCCUCUGCUUCCACCAUGUCGCCGCGCAAGAAUACAUGGAACAACUGCAGCGCAACAACAACAAUGACGCAUCGAUGGCUGAACUCCCCGUUCCUCUGAGGCUGGCCAAACCCGCCUGGCACCCUACCCCGAGCUACAGGUCCCAGAUGCUAACGGUCCGACCCCUCCCGCUCUUCACGCACUUGAACCGACUGCAUGUCAACCUCGAGUUCCUGUAUGGUGGGCGAUACCUCAGUUUUGCCAUCAACAUGUACAACACCACCCCUUUGAUUCUCACAGUCUGCUGGCUCGUUGGUCUCAACCCAGGUCUGUCCGAUCUUUGUAUUCACGGAGUUGACGUUCCUACUCCUCUCUCUAUCCGCGUCUUGGCCCGGACAGUCUCCCGGCUCCAGAACCUCAAGCAUUUGGAGCUGAAGUGCACCACCACCUCUCGUCCAACGUUUUACGAUGUCGCCAAGGUCUUUUUCGCCUUGCCUCCGUCGAUUGUCUCGUUCAAAUGGAAGGGCGAGCUCGUUCACUUUGCUCCGAUUCCCGAUCUCAGUGUGACUCAAAGAGAACCUGACUGGAACGAAGGUAUCCUUGUCGAACGCCACGAACCCUUGUUGAGCCUGACAGUCCUGGAGCUGCCAGCAGACACCACAGGAUACCUUCAUUUGCAGCUCAAACACAUUUUCAACCACUGUCCUAUGCUCGAGGUUCUCGAGUUUCCUUUCAUCAACCCUGACGAGAACGAUUGUUAUGACAUGGUCGAUGUCAUCAAGGUGAAUUGCCCAAGGAUUCGACGUGUCUUCGUCAGACAAAGCUACAGAGAUGGGCGCGGGCGUUGUGUCCUGGGUGUGGCCGAAUCCUUGCCUCGACAGCAGCUAGUAACACUUCAUUUCACUGGAAUUCAGGAUGAUUCGCCCGGACGACUGGGAGUAACGGUGACAACGCACUCGACGACGCUUCGAAGGAUUGUUCUGCGUGAAGCCAUCCAACUCCAAAGCAAUGGCAUCCAGGAAAUCUUGGCCAGCUGUCGCGCUUUGGAGCACCUUGAGAUUUCAGGAAUGCGGCAUUCGCGAUUGGCUAUCACCUUGGCCGACGCGACUCUUGCUCCGUGGGUGUGCUCCAACCUGAAAUAUCUGGGACUGGCGGUGAACCUUGGAGACUACAACCGUUUGCAGACUGGAUGGAAUGAGGAGCUGAGGCGCUGGACCGCAUUGGAGACCUUCUACCGCAACCUCGGCACGCUGACCAAACUGGAGAUUCUGGAUCUCAAGUCUGUCGCUGUCAGAGUCAAUCCGACAGGAAAUGAGUUUGACCUCACACCCGAGUCCCGUGUGUUCCCGGGAAUGCUCAUUCUCGAGGACAAGGCUAUCAACAAACAUGGAUAUCUGAUGAUGUUGGAGGGUUUGAAGGAGCUGAGAGAGCUGCGAGGAUCUGUCCGUCUGGAUGCUACGGAUUGGUCCUUGGACUCUUCGGCAACGGUGGGUCAGGCAGAGGUCGAGUGGAUGGCGCACAACUGGAGACAUUUACGACUUGCCACAUUCCUGCCAGAGAACCACGACAAAGUCCCCGCGAUUGAUGUCCCUGAACAUCUGCGGUGGCUCCAAACCCAAUUGCCGGAUUUGAGGCUCAGUCGUCAGUUUAGGGCUAGGUACCACGCAUCGGCUAAGGUUUCCUCCGCAGUUUCAGCGCCUAAUGCUAUGGCACCAGCGACAUUCACAUCAGGGCCUGCUUUUACCACCACAAGCACUUUUACGUCAUCACAACCCUCUACGACCCCCAUCUCCUCAGAAUUUACCACUGAACAAGUUUUCACAGCAGGACUCACUUCCACAACGUCAGGAUUGACAACAAGUUAUGCUCACUCUGCCUCACCUACGAGCAUGACUUCCUCCAGCGUCAUGUCACCUCCUCCCUUCAUAGCUAGCCCUGCAUUCACGGCAGCAACGACUAUUAUCGCGGCCUCACAGUCGUCCUCGGUCACACAACCUUCCCCUCCUUCUUCGGAGCCGUAA